UAUAUUUAUAGUUUAUGACGAACUUUUACGUUUUCGGAAUUUCCUUUCCUGUAUAAUUUUCCAAAAAAUUUAGCUGAAUUGUAACAUAAAAGUCCUGGUUUUUGUUUCAUGCUGUCAAAGCAAUUACAAAAAUGGAUCAAAACUGUUCUUGUCCUGAAGAAGGCGAGGGGAAAUGUAUAAACACAUCAUGUAAAAAUUAUGAUGAGUUUUUAAACCUGCUCCACAAAUGCACUAGAAAAGAGAUAAGCAGUGUAGCCGACUGUCCCUCGAUACGCUCGUGUCCACACUGCCGGGAAGCGAUAGAACAUAUCGAGGCGUGCAACAACAUGCAGUGUUUUAGCUGCAAGAAGCAUUUCUGCUUCAUAUGCCUUACACCGGCCAAUGAUGGCGGGAGUCUGCAGUGCAAGCAACCUCAUGUUGUCGCUCCAGUCCAACAGCUCAGUUGAAAACAGCCAUCGUACUGAUAACACAUUAAUACGCAUAAUGUUUAUGGGUUCCCAACGUUGUGGACUAAACUCAGUUUAUGUUAAUCAUGUUGUAACUGACAAUGCAAAUAGCAAGGAAAUUAAUUUUCAACUGGUACAUGUACAUUGAUAGAUCAUAAAGUUGUCUGUUUAAAACAGAAUUAUAGUCUAUACAUACUGCCUGGAUUGGCAUAAUCUUUUGUGACAUUAAGCAGUUGGCAUGGAUAUUGAUAGUGUUUCUUAUUUCAACCAUUUGAAUCACGUGUUUAUUAUCACUGGAUGCAAAACGCGUCCUGCGCUCGGAGCGAAAACAGUCUUACGGCCGGUAGAUCUACCUGAUAUGGGAGUCACGAGACACGUUAAAGCUGGAAAAUUGCCAUGAUAUAAAACUGCUAACAUAUAGAGAUCAUCGACCGCCUUUGUAUUAUUAUAUUAUAAUAGAUUAAAUCAAAUUUACGUUUGUGUGCGUGUAUGAACGGUGUGUGUGUCUUUUAACUAGUGAAAUUGAGGUGUGUCGUUACACGUAUUGAAAUAGAUAAUAGAUAUUAAAACGCCUACCGUGUAUUUGUUGAUGCAUUGAUAAGAUUACUUUAAUACAUAUGACUAAUGAUUAUUCAUUUGUUUGUUGGUACAAAGCUAUUUUGGAGAUACCCAUUUAUGUACAUUUAAAUGAAAUAUUACUUGCAUUUUUUUUCAAAAAGUAAAAUUUCGAAAAACACAA